UUUAUCGAGGCUCUUACCGACAUUAGAAGUAAGACAUUUACGACUUAUAACGUCCGUAAGGCCUUUAAGAGCAGCGGCAUAAUGCUAGUUAACAUAGAGGUUCCUUAUAGCUUCCUUCGUAAGAGAUAUAGCACCGAGGAUAAAGAGUAUCGACUAAGAAUAGAAGAGCUAGUUAAUAAGGAGUACUAG